CCCAAUAGCUGCUUGCUCAGCACUAACUAUUCUUUAAAAAACAAAAAACAUCAGAUGGAUUUUGAGCAUCUUCCCGUGCCACCGACGUGGCCACAUGUGGUUGGCGGCGGUCUUCGAUUUCUGCCAAAAGUCGGUUUCAAAAAAAAAAAAAAAAAAAAAAAAAAAAAGUAAGACCAAGCCCCUUCGCUCUUUACUUAGGACUGGGGGAUCAAUUUCAUGCUGGAAAUUCGGCCGUUUGUUCCUUUUUCCUUUUCCCACUCAAUGAAUGUUUUUGAUACAAUCUUUCUUUAACUACUCCGCCACGGCAUCUGAUUGAUCCAAUCUUUCUUUAACUACUCCACCACGGCAUAUCCAAAUACACCGUUCAUCUGCUGAUUUUUUUAUGAUUCGAUUGUUUUAAGAAUACUUUUUCCCUUUCUACGUUAAAAAAUUUCUCUCCCAAGUUUAAAGUUUUUGAUCUUGCCUUUUUUCUUUCUCGAAUUCAAAGGAACUUGUACACAUAAAAUGACUGUUUAUGAGCCAGAUCCUGAUGUAGUAAGGUGGAAUCUCCACCUUAUAGAUGUUUGUGGUAUAAACAACGGUGGUUCUGUCGGAACUAUUACUCAGUAUGACAGGGAUUUUUCUCAACUUGGGUAUGUUGUUAUGGAAGGUUAUUCUGAGCCUACACAUACAAACGUGGAGAAUGAUGAGGUAAUUGCCCAUGCUCUUCAGGAGGAACUAUCGAGCCUUUCAUUCGAGGAAUCCAUAGGAUCUUCACACACUCACCAAGAACAUCGGAAAGCGUCAGUUCUUGAUGGCAAUCAGGAAGACACAAAUAGUAACAACAACAACAUAACCAGUGUAGUCUCACAAGUAGGGUCUGGGAAGAGUAGUGUACACACAGACCUUAUCCCUAUCUUGGGAGGUAGAGAGUUUAUUUCGUAUAGAUCUUCGGCUCAAGGAAAAGCAUAUCAAAACAGUGCGGAAAAAGAGGAAGACACAGAUAGUAAUGGAAUGAUUACUUUUUGCCCUCUUGCAGUUACAUCAUCCAAUUGGGAUCAUCAAGAAAUUUCGCCAGAGAUAGAGGAUGAGUCUCUUCUUGAUGGUGAAGUUGGGAAACGUUUGAAUCAGUUGGCUGCCAUCCCUCAUGUUCCCAAGAUUAAUGGAGAUAUACCCUCAGUAGAUGAAGCCAAAUCAGAUCAUCAAAGGCUGAUGGACAGGUUGGAAGUAUAUGAUCUAGUUGAGUUAAAAGUUUCUGGAGAUGGCAACUGUCUAUUCCGCUCAUUGUCAGACCAAAUAUAUCGCAGUACUGAACAUCACAAAUUUGUGAGGGAACAAGUUGUUAAACAGCUAAAUUCCCAUAGGGAGUUGUAUGAGGGUUAUGUUCCUAUGGUCUAUGAUGAAUAUUUGAAGAAAAUGAGUAAAGCUGGCGAAUGGGGUGAUCAUGUAACUUUGCAGGCUGCUGCAGAUUCAUAUGGUGUUAAGAUAUUUGUCAUUACAUCAUUUAAGGACACUUGCUACAUUGAGAUUAUUCCACAAUGUCAGAAGUCAAACAGAACCAUAUUUUUGAGCUUUUGGGCUGAAGUGCACUACAAUUCAAUCUAUCCACAAGGAGAAUAUCCUGCUGGAGAAACAAGAAAAAGAAAAAAAUGGCGGUGGCUAGGUUGAGCCUUGAGUAGCACUUACCACCUUCUUUUGGAACAGCGCACCUUAUCACGAGAAUUAGGGGCUUUGUGAUAACAACUCAUUGUAUAUAUUAUUCUCUUUAUCUUUCUAUGAAGUAUACAACAAUUUUGCAUAUUUUACGGCUUUCAUUCUGUGUAUAUAUCAUUUUCAUUUAAUUUUUGUAGUUAGCUCUUCAAUUAUUGAUUUAUUUAUAUGCAAUGCUUUUGUGCU